AUGAAGUUGCAAAUGUUAUUAGAGAAUGCUCCUUAUAAUUCAAAGUAUACUUCUGGAGAUAUUCAAAAUGAAAUUCUUAGUAUUAUUGAAAAUAAAGUUAGGAAGCAUAUUCAUAGUGAAGUCGGGGAUUCAUACUUUUGUGUCAUGGUUGAUGAGUUACGAGAUGAGUCUAAAAAAGAGCAAAUUGCCAUAGUUUUGAGUUUUGUUGAUGCAGAAGGGAUCAUACGGGAAAGGUUCUUGGAUUUGGUUCAUGUUAGGGAUACCUUAUCAUUAACCUUGAAAACAAAUAUGUGGAGACAACUUUUGCACUAUCAGUUUGAUGUUAGCAAAAUCCGUGGCCAAGGUUAUGAUGGUGCUAGUAAUAUGAGAGGGCAAUGGAAUGGAAUACAUGAACUUGUUAUUAAGGAUUGUCCUUAUGCAUAUUAUGUUCAUUACUCCGCUCACAAAUUGCAACUAGCACUGGUGGCUGCUUCAAGGGAAAUUAUUCCUAUACACCAAUUUUUUACAAACUUGAUUUUUAUAAUUAAUGUAGUUUGUGCUUCCAGUAAGCGUCAUGAUGAGUUACAAAAGGCAAAUGCAACUGAGAUUGAACAUUUAUUGGAACUUAGUGAAAUCGAAUCAGGUAAAGGAUUGAAUCAAGUUGGGACAUUAAGAAGAGCUGGUGAUACACGUUGGGGUUCUCAUUUUCGUCCCAUUUGCAGUUUGCUUAACAUGUUUGAUUGUACUUGUGUUGUUCUCCAAAGAAUAAUUAAUGAUGUAUCUGUUACUUAUUCUCAACGCGGAGAUGCUGAUGCAGCUUACUGUUACCUGAAAUCAUUUGAGUUUGUGUUUAUUCUUCACUAG